UCUCGGUUCCUAAGUUCGGCCCCUAAAAAUGAGAUUCACGCAAUUUUUAUUUUAUUUAGAGGCAUAGGGGGCGUACGGACUGCUAUUAUUAAAGUACGUACCAAUCUACACCACCGGCGGGUCUGAAACCCCAAUUAAAAGCAACAUUAACAUGCCUUAAGGCCGGAACACGCUAACCUGCAAAAAGCCAACCACAUUACGCAAAAGAGUCAGAGCUCAGACUGAAAGCGGCUCCCGGAGUCCGCCUCAACGCCGCCGCUCGCCGGAAACCAUCUCCGUAUUUCGUGCAACCCUGCCGCCGGGGCGGAGGGAUAAUUUGAGGCAGAAGAUAUGCAGAGAGAAAUUACUACCAGCUCCCCGGGAGCGCCUGGUGGACGCGUACGUCGUCGUAGAGGCUCAAAUGAGGUUCCCACUGAUGUUGUUCAAGCCAAUGGUGAUCAUUUGCUUGUCAAUGAUCGGAACAAGUACAAAUCAAUGCUGAUUCGGGGAUAUUCAUCUGUUUUGAUGAUUGGUGGAUUUGCCUUUAUAAUUUACAUGGGUCACCUGUAUAUCUUUGCCGUGGUUGCAAUCAUCCAAUUCGCAAUGGUAAAGGAGUUGUUUAAACUACUGAGGAGAACACAUGAAAGCAGGCGGCUCCCUGGAUUCAGGUUAUUGAAUUGGCACUUUUACUUCACAGCUAUGCUUUUUGUUUAUGGCCGCAUCCUCAGCCAAAAGCUUGUGAAUACUUUUACUACGGACAAAUUCCUAUAUAAGCUUGUGGCAAAAAUUAUCAAGUACCACAUGGUCACCUGUUACUUUUUGUAUAUAGCAGGUUUCAUAUGGUUCAUUCUUACUCUAAAGAAGAAGAUGUACAAAUAUCAGUUUGGCCAGUAUGCCUGGACCCAUAUGAUUCUAAUUGUGGUGUUCGCACAAUCCUCAUUCAUUAUAAGCAAUGUUUUUGAAGGAAUCUUCUGGUUCCUUCUACCAGUUUCAAUAGUCAUCAUCAACGAUAUUGCUGCAUACUUAUUUGGAUUUUUCUUUGGAAGAACUCCUUUGAUCGAGUUGUCCCCUAAAAAAACUUGGGAAGGUUUUAUCGGAGCAUCUGUAACUACUAUUAUCUCUGCAUUUCUGCUUGCAAAUUUGUUCGGUCGUUUUCAAUGGAUGACAUGCCCAAGGCAGGAUUUAUCAACGGGCUGGCUUACUUGUGAUCCUGGCCCUUUGUUCAAAACAUACUAUGCCACUCUACCCAAGUGGAUCCCUCAAUGGUUUCUUCCAAGACAGAUUUUGGCAAUGCCAGUACAGUGGCAUGCAUUAGUUUUUGGCCUAUUUGCAUCAAUACUUGCUCCUUUUGGAGGCUUAUUUGCAAGUGGAUUUAAAAGGGCCUUCAAACUCAAGGACUUCGGCAAUAGUAUCCCUGGGCAUGGAGGUUUGACAGAUAGGAUGGAUUGCCAGAUGGUGAUGGCUAUGUUUUCAUGGAUAUAUGUUCAGUCGUUUGUGGGGCCUCAGAACUUAUCAAUUGAGAUGAUACUGGAUCAGAUAUUAAUGAACCUUCCAUUCGAGGACCAACUAUCUCUGUUCACGAAGCUUGGGCAGAUCAUCCAGGAGAAGCGUUUUGCAGAAACUUGAGCUUGUGGGGGUUCACAAAAUGCUUUAAUGGGAUGAUGAUAAUUUGUACCAGUUUUAUCGCAUAGUUAGCUCUUCUACUUCUUUAUAUCCAGUGCUUUUGUAUAUUAUUACAGUAGCAAGUAUUCUUCAUACGCUUCUUCUAAAUCCACACCCUUUGUAGUUAGGCCUCAUUUUCUACCCUUGAUUGUUGUGCACCUUGUAUAGUACCUUGCUCCAUUGAAAUUGGC